UGUGGUUUCAACUUAUUGUGAGAUUAGUCAGUCGAUGACUAAAUGAGGGAUUUUUAAGGGAGCAAAUUAGAACCCACUUACGCCUCUUAUGUUGGACAUUUUCUGCACUUGGAGCCUCUGUAGAUCAAUUAACUAUAUUUUUGAAGUAAUUCCUCUCCUCUGUUGGAUAUUGUCUGGACUUGGAUCAUUUAUGGAGUUACAAGAGCAUCUACAUGCCUGGUCCCUCCAAAACGAGCAUACACAAGAGAGCUAGGUCCGUCUAGGGGACAACACUGAGAGAAAGAUUACAAGAGCUGAUGGAAAGGGGCUAGGCAUUCUAUUCAGUAUGGCGGUGAUGUUUGGAUUUGGACUUAAUGUCUCAUCAACUUAGUUUGCCAUUCCAGCAAAUGUACUAAUUACAUCAUCUCGUGUCGAACUAUCAUAUUUUUUUUCUCUUUGUUAGGAAAUACGGGGGUAAUUUGACUAUCCAAGGUCGAGCUUUUGGCCAGACAUUAGUAUGUUACAAACAACUGGUACAAUUGAACUCACAAUCUUAUGCAGAAUUAUUUUUUGAUUCUUAGUUAGCUAGUUAGUUAGUUUUUUGUUUCUUGCUUUUUUUUUUGUUUUCUUUUGCCUGUUGAUUUUGUUCUGUUUGCUGUAGCUUCCCGUCAUUUGGACGUGCUCCAUCUAGUACAAAAUGACACACAUUUUGAUGCAUGUUCAAGAAGAAAAAAAACUAUUUUUAGUGAUUUUGUAACUGUUAACUCAACAGUGUACCAGUACUUUAUGCUCAAAGUCUAAACUUAGACAGUCAAACUAAGCCCUAAAUUUCCAAACAGAGGAAUUAUGGAUUUUGUCUUACAAACAAUUGUACUGAGCACAGAUUGGUCAGCAAUUUUAUUUCCGAGAAGACUGACACCACAUUCACGGCUGCCAGAUUCUUUAACCCCACUGCAGUUUAGCAUGGCUUAACAUAGCAUGUUUUUCUUUCUUCUCUUUUGACCUUGUGUUAGUUUUGGAUUUGCCUUCUGCUGGUUGGUCAAGUUAGCCGCCUAGGUUUUUGUCUUUGGCCUCUGCCUGCAGUUUUGUUUGUCCUUGUAGGUUUGGUGCUUUUCAGCAUUCUACUUCUAAUACAAUGGGUGGGUGAGCUAGAGUAAAUAAGUCUGUUGUACUUCUGAGUUUUUAUUUACGUUGUCAUCAUGUUUGUUUACGACAUGAGCUUUCCAAUUCAUAAGUCAAUUAAUGUGAACUACUUGGAAGUAAAUUAUCUCAUAAAAACGACUUGCGCUGGAAACAAUAAUGGAUUAUGAGCUAACUCACAGAAUGUUGCUCUCAGGAUGAUAAGACACUGAUAGAAAUAUGUGCUAGUAUUUGGUACUUGGACUAGUAGUCUCACUUGCCUCUUUUUCUAUUUGAUGUUAGUGAAUGCAUUUUGUAACAUCAAAAUUUGAGUCAGUAGGAAAUAGCAAGUAGCAUAAAAUAGGAACAAAUCUUUGAUCGAUCCAGCUGAUGCUAUCACUCCUUUUAAUAUGAAUAUCCACCUGCUAAUUUAUACCCCUCGUAGUGUGAGCCAUGCCACAGGUAGGCAGACAAGCAGUAAGCAGGAGGAGGAAGAAGAAGAAGCGCCAUGGCACUUGGAGUCUUUGUAGAUUGGAGGGGAAACACCAUUAAUAGGAAGGUGCACGGCGGAGUCAGAGCAGCAUGGUUUUUGUAUGUUCUGACUGUGAUAACAAACGUGGUUAUAGUCCCAAACGUCCUGAAUAUGGUUACUUAUCUCCAUGGAACAAUGCAUAUGGGGGUUUCAGGCUCCGUAACUACAGCCGCUAAUUUUUUCGGUGCCACAUCCGGGUUUGCAAUGAUCGGAGCUUUCAUCUCAGACUCCUAUGUUACUCGUUCUAGAACUAUGCUCCUGUUUGGUCCAUUUAUGUUUCUGGGAUACGGGUUGCUCGCACUACAAGCCUACUUACCCUCCCUGCAUCCACCACCGUGCAAUAUUGAAGCAGAAGUAAACAACUGCAAAGAGGUCCAUGGCCGGGACGCUGCCUUAUUGUACAUAGGCUUGUAUAUGAGUGCAUUUGGUGAUGGUUGUAUACGUUCUUGCUUGUCCUCCCUUGGAGCAGACCAGUUUGACCAUGAAGAUCCCACUGAAUCUCGCCAACAGUCCAGCUUCUUUAACUGGUAUACCUUCGGGAUCUCCUUUGGAGGCUUUGUAGGGCUGAUUCUCAUAGUGUGGCUCCAGAAGUAUAAAGGGUGGGAUAUUGGAUUUGGGUUGUGCGCUCUCCUAAUUCUUUUUGGACUGCUCAUAGUUGCUGCUGGUUUCCCCUUCUACCGCAACCAAGUACCAGAAGGAAGUCCUCUAACUCGAGUACUGCAGGUUCUUGUGGUUGCAUUCAGGAACAUGAAGCUUGAAGCACCUGAAAAUCUGGAAGAAGCACGGAAAAUCAAUCCCGAGGCGGGAACAGUUUCUAUUGAUGCAUACUCUCAAACAAAUAGUCUGAAAUUUCUCAACAAAGCUUGCAUCAACCGUGGUAAAAGUGGAGCCUGGUCAGUUUGCAGUGCGACGAAGGUGGAGGAAACUAAGAUUGUGCUCCGUUUUCUUCCGAUCUUCAUCAGCUCAGUGUUUGGAUAUAUAUCAAACAUUAGCAUCUUCACAUUCACAGUGCAGCAAGGUGGUAUGACAAACACGAGGCUGGGCAAGAUCCAUGUUGAACCAGCGACGCUCUUCGCCAUCCCCGUAAUAUUCCAGAUGCUAAUUCUUGCCAUCUAUGAUAAAUUCAUUGUGCGGUUAUUGCGAAGGCGCACAGGGUACAUUGGUGGCAUCACCCAUUUGCAGCGCAUAGGUAUAGGCUUCGCUGCCAUGAUACUCUCCUGUGUCAUCGCAGCGGUUGUUGAGAAAAAGAGAAAGGAAGCUGUUGAGCAGAUGUCCAUUUUCUGGCUUACACCCCAGUUCUUACUGCUCGGCAUGUCAGAUGUAACAUCAUUCACUGGGCUCCUUGAGUUCUUCAACAGUGAAGCGCCACGGGGAAUGAAGUCAAUUGGCACGGCAUUGUUCUGGUGUGAUCUAGGGCUUGCGUCACUGAUGGCCACAUUCCUGGUGGAUGCUGUAAACAGGGCAACAAGGCAUGGUCACCAGCGAGGCUGGCUAGAGGGUACAACCUUGAACAGCAGCCAUCUUGACUGGUUCUACUGGGUUGUGGCUGUAGUCGGAUUGCUUGGCUUCUUCAACUACCUGUACUGGGCGAAGAAGUAUGUGUACCGGAACAACCAACGCACCACUAAGCCAAUGGUAUGCAUUGAGCCAAUGGGUGAUCAGGUUUCACCUUGAAUUAUCAACAUAUACUCGGUAUAUUACUUUGGAAAACAGAAGGCUGUGUGAUUCACCAUGUCAUGGACUAGUCAAGCUUGGAAAGUGAAGUAUAAGCCUGCAGCAGUACUGUGCUGGCAUGUGCUGAUCGGCUGAAUUAAUCCUCCAUGCCAGAAGAUUUGGAUUUCACCGUAGUAUGCAGUGUGUUCCAUGGUUUUCUUCGUUGCGAAGUAAUAUCCAGGGACAAAUAUAUAUGAUAUAUAUGUGAUUACUAAGUUGUUAUCUUGAUCAUGUUUCAGAACUGGUUACUCCAGUAGAAACUAUAUAUAAAUACUCUGUUUGCCUUUACGGUGAAUGUUUUGUCGAAA